UUUUGCCAUUAACUUCCGGUCUAAACAACAAUAACAACAAGGAGUGUGGGUUUCUGUUUAAAAGUGAUAAACCUGUCUUUAUCUGUCUUUCAACCAUUGUCAUCCACUGUAAGAUAAAUGUUUUACUCGAUUUGAUUGUCAGAUUUAAGUCGUAAGGUUUUUAGACCUCAGUGGAGUUCCUUUAAUGAAGGACCGAUUGUGACAAUGGCAUUUUUUGAUGAGAAUACAAGCGUGGUUCGUAUGAAGAGAGACUUUGAUCAGUUUGUUCAGGAUCACGAUGAGAGCAGAGGAGUGGGAAUAUUCAGUUUAGAUAAAUUAAACAAUGAAAGUUACAAAAACAGGUCUGGUGAUAGUGGAUCUGUAUCUGUACAGGCCCUUCUUGAGAAAGAGAAGAAUUUCAAGAUUCAAGAAGCAGAAUGUAUAGCUGCAAGGAGUGAAAUUACUCGACUUCAGUCUAAGAUAGCAUCUCUAGAAACAUCAAAUAAGAGAGCUAGGAUUGAAUAUGAACAGCAAGUGGAAGAAGUCAAGUGUGAAAAAUCUCAUGAAAGUCAGAGAUUGUCAGAUGUGAUGUCAAAGAUAAAGAUUUUGAAAGAUCGAGAGGUCCAGAUGAAUGAGACUUUGACAGAGUGCCAGAAAGAGUCGGAGAGACAGAGGAAGAAGUAUGAGGAACAGAUUCUGUCGUUACAAAAAGAGAGAAUACAACUCUCUGAUGAAAUACUCCAGGAGAAGGAACAGAGCAGGGAGAAGAUUACACAGUUGAAGAGAGACAUGAUGAGGAAUGAAACUGAGCUGAAAAUAUGCUCGUGUGAGCUGGAGGAGACUAAAGCUCAGCUUAAACUUCAGCUUCAAAGAUCAUCAGAGAUCAGCAACCAAAUGAAAGACUUUGAAGAAUUGAGAUUAAAAUACACCCAAGCAGAGCAGAAAAUAAAGGAUUUAGAGUUACAGAUAUCACGAAUGGAGGAGGACCAUUUAGUUGGUAAAGCCAUGAAAAGCCAGGUUUCAACAUUUUUUGAAAUGGAGAAAGAAAAUAGAAAACUGCUUGAUGAGAACCAAUAUUUAAGAGAUAUUCAAGAGAAUAAUAUACUUCUAAAGGAGCAACAUGAUUCAAUGAAGAAGAAAUUAGAGAGAAUGGAAGAUAAACUCAUCAACUACAAUAAAUUAGUUGAGGAAAAUGGGGUUAUGAAGUCUAAACUAAGUCAAUGGGAGAAUUCUGACAAGUCAGGUCAUAAAAUCAGGUCACCUGCAGAUUUGUCAAAGAGAGUGACCGAACUUCAAAAUGCCGAGGUCCUCAUGUUGUCAAGACAGGGAGAGUUACAGACAAGCUUACAUUUAAAGGAGAAUAGUUUACAAAGUUUACAAGAUCAAGUGAACGUGCUACAACAACAAGUUGUUACAGAGAAAACUAACCAUCAACAGAAGGAGGAGCUUAUCAAAAGAUUGAAAAGAAAACUUCUCUUGGUGACAAAGGAAAGAGAUGGAUAUAAACGUAUCAUAGACUCAUACGAGAGUGAGGUUACGGUAUCUAUGGACAUGGUUGGUUCAUCUGGUCGGGUUCAACAUCUCGAGGAAAGUGUUCAGGGAUAUAAGAAGCAGACGGAAUUUCUUGAUGCCGAGUUAAACAGAGUUAACGAAGAGCUUACAUUAGCUAAACUGCAUGCCAAACAAGUUGAGUUGAGACUGUCACAGGUACAGCAGGCAAGUCACAAUGGAAUGUCAUCUUCACAGGGUGACCAGCAAACCGCUAUUCAUCUCAGGGAAAGAAUAGCUAACUUGGAGAAGGCCCUGGAGAAAUGUGAGCAAGAAAAAUACACAUUAGAGUGUAGGAUUGAACAAAGACAUUUACAGGGUGAUUAUGAUCCAACAAAGUUGAAAGUAUUACACUUUAAGAUGAAUCCUGUUGAUCAAGCUAUAGAGCUGCGUAAAGAGGAAGUUUCCAAGUUGAAGGCCGAGAAUGAAAGAUUAAAACAGAGGAUCGCAAUUUUAGAGGAAAACGAAGGCCGUAUAGAAGACCUCACUGUAGCAGUAGAACAAAAAUUGAAGGAGCCUGGAUCUAGUAAAGAUAUUGAAGAAAUGCGUUCACAGUUGACAACAGCCGAGUUAAAGAAUAAACGUUUAAUGGAGGCAUUUAAGAAGACAAGCCAGGAAGUGCGAGAAGUAUGCUAUCAGCUGACGGGAUAUAAAAUAGAUAUACCAACGUCUAACCAGUACAGACUUACCAGCAUGUAUGCUGAAACUGUCAAUGACUUCUUAUUGUUUCAGCAAAACACAAGUGGUACUAUAGAGAUGCUGGGUAAUAGUUUCUCAUCAACGAUGCAAGAUCUCAUUGACAUGUACCUAAUACGUCAAAACAGUAUACCAGCAUUCCUCAGUGCCGUCACGCUCGACUUGUUUUCACGACAAACCAUGAACUUUGGUUGAUCGGUGUCAUGUUUAUGUUAACAGUGAACAUAAUUGGUGAACAUAUUCUUGAUAAAUUGUGAAGUUACUCAUAUCAAGUGUUGCUGAAGGAAGAUGCUACAAGUAUAUGUUUAUGUG